CUUAUUCUUUGCUGCCUGGUCAACAUGGCGCAACCGUGAGGAAGCAGCUUAGCCUGUUUUAGGACAGUGGUGCGGGGGGGGGAGACACUUUUACGCACUGAAUUUUGGAGGUCAGGGUUCAGCGUUUCUUUCUUUUUUUUUUUUCUCCCCUAAACGCUCGAUAUGUUUCUCCUCCUGUGCGGAGUUUUGUGUUUUUGCGCUCUUGGCUGCGGCCAGCCGGAUGACGGGAAGCGCUACAUCUGCCGGGCGAUCCCCAUCAGCGGCGACGCCAGCUGCCCCGUGACAUUACUCCCGGACCUAAACACGGGGGGUCAGGAAGAGGAGCUCAGGAACACCGUCAUGCAGCUGCGGGAGACGAUUGUGCAGCAGAAGGACACCAUCUCCAAGCAGCAGAGCACCAUCAACGAGCUGACCACCAAGCUGUCCCUGUGCGCCUCAGCCACCAACGACAGGAAGUACGGGAAUAAAGGCGCUUCGUGGGGGAAGGACAAGCAGAACACGAUGGGGGACGUCCCCACCGAUCCGAACGAUUCCAUCGACAGCCUCGGGAAAACCAUGCAGGGGCUCAAGGAGCGACUGGAGAACCUGGAGCAACAGCAGGUGAGGGCCAACAUAUCAGGGGCCUCGUUCCCCAGCGAGCUGCGCGACCUGCUGCAGCGGCGGCUCGGGGARCUGGAGAAGCAGCUCCUGAAGAAGGUCAGCAACCUGGAGGAGGAAAAGAGUUUGCUGUCCAACGCCACGGCUGCCUACAGGCUGAAGACGGAGAGCACGCUGAACGCCCUGGUGGAGAGGAUCAACGAGCUGGAGAAAGGAGGAGGAGAUUUUAAGUCCCCCGAGCAGUUUAAGCUGUCCCUCCCCCAGCGGACCAACUACCUGUUCGGCCGCAUCACCAAGAGCCUGCCGGAGAUGUACGCCUUCACCCUGUGCAUGUGGAUCAAGGCCAGCGCCGGCCCUGGGAUCGGAACCCCCUUCUCUUAUGGUGUUCCGGGACAAGCCAACGAGAUUGUGCUGAUAGAGUGGGGYAAUAACCCCAUUGAGCUGCUCAUUAAUGACAAGGUUGCCCAGCUGCCACUGGAGGUGCGUGAUGGUAAGUGGCACCACAUCUGCAUCUCCUGGACCACCCGAGAUGGCCAGUGGGACGCUUAUCAGGACGGGGUGAAGCUGGGAACCGGUGACAACCUCGCAGCUUGGCAUCCCAUCAAACCUGGAGGAGUCAUCAUCCUGGGGCAGGAGCAG